AUGGAACAAAUUAUAGAAAUUCAUAAGGAGAAGAUUGAUGGGUUAAUCAAUGAUAUUUUUAGUUCACCUAAUAAUCAUAACAAGUUGGCUCACGACUUUAUCCAUUCAUUAAAUGGUGAAACUUGUACAUUUGAAAAAUUUGAAGAAUUUAUAUCAAAUCAAAUAUCUACAUCAAACGGUUUAAAAAAUUAUGAUUUAGACAAGAUCACAAAUAAACUAAAUUUUUAUAACAAUAAUGUUGUAAAAUCAAAGGUUAUAAAUGGUUCCAUUAUCAAAAGAACAACACUCCCAGAUAAGUCAACAAGGUGUUUCUUAGUUAUACCACUUAAAACAUUUCCAAAAAGGUAUUAUAUUAAAAAAUUAAUGGAGAUUUUGGAAAUUUUAAUGAAGAAUAGAAGUUCAUUUACAAACAAUGAUCUCAAGUCAAAGAUAAAGAAACAUUUUGAGCAACAGAUCAAAAAAGGCUAUGAAGAUGAAUACCUAAUUUCACCAGAUGAAAUAGCAAAAUUUACAAAAAUCCAUACAAAUUUGGACCCAAUCAUUAAUUUGAGUAAAUUAAUUUUUGAAAAUAUCCAACAAAGUGGUCCUGAUGGAAAAUCUCAAACCAAUUAUGCUCCAGGUUCAGAUAGUAAAGGUAAAGAUACAGCUUCUGAUGAUCAUACUUCAGGUUCAGAUAGUAAAGCUAAAACUACUGCUUCAAAUGAUUAUACUCCAGGUUCAGAUAGUAAAGGUAAAACUACAGCUUCUGAUGAUUAUACUUCAAGUUCAAAGAGUCAAGCUAAAACUACAGCUUCAGAUGAUUAUACUUCAGGUUCAAAAAAUAAAGCUAAAGAUACUGCUACUGCUACAGCUGAUUACACUUCAGGUUCUAAGAGUAAAGCUAAAGAUACUGCUACAGCUGAUUACACUUCAGGUUCAAAAGGUAAAGCUAAAGAUACUGCUACAGCUGAUUACACUUCAGGUUCAAAAGGUAAAGCUAAAGAUACUGCUACUGAUUAUACUUCAGGUUCAAAAAGUACAGGUUCAAAAAGUAAAGGUAAAACUACAGCUUCUGAUGAUUAUACUUCAGGUUCAAAGAGUAAAGGUAAAACUGCAGCUUCAGAUAAUUAUACUUCAGGUUCAAAGAGUAAAGCUAAAACUACAACGGAUGUUCGUCAGCCAUCAGCAAAUGCUACUGCAGCUGAUGCUAAUGUUUCACCAUCACGUCAUAGAAUUAAAGCUCCUACAGAUUUUGCUAACCCAGAUAUCAAAUGUACGAUCUGGUAG